GGAGGAGGAGGAGGGUGGUGCGUUCCCGCAGCAACAGGGAAGAUGGCAGCGCUCACAUCUCUUAGCCAGGUGUCAAGUGGGAGCCCCGUCUUUGAGAACCUCUACAGACAGGUGGAUCCAGGGAACACAGGCAGGGUAGGACCAACAGAAGCUGCCCUCUUCUUGAAAAAGUCUGGACUUCCAGACGUCACGCUGGGAAAGAUUUGGGAUUUGGCCGACCCAGAUGGAAAAGGCUACCUGGACAAGCAGGGCUUCUACGUGGCUCUGAGGCUUGUGGCGUGCGCGCAGAGCGGCCAUGACAUCAGCCUGUCCAGCCUCAACGUCACCGUGCCGCCCCCCAAGUUUAAGGACACCGGCAGCCCGUCCCUCGGCGGCUCCACAGAACCUCACUGGGCCGUCAGGCCGGAGGAGAAAAGCAAAUUCGAUGGGAUCUUUGAAAGUCUGUCGCCGAUCAACGGCCUGCUGUCGGGAGAGAAGGUGCGACCCGUCCUGAUCAACUCCAAGCUGUCUCUGGACAUCCUCGGGAAGGUUUGGGACCUGAGCGACAUCGACAAAGACGGACAUCUGGACAAGGACGAGUUUGCCGUGGCCAUGCACCUGGUGUACCGGGCCCUGGAGAAGGAGCCUGUCCCGGUCCACCUGCCCUCCACCCUCAUCCCUUUGUCCAAGAGGAAAAGGAGCCUGGGCUCGGUGGUCGGCGGCGCACCCUCUCUACCCGCCAGCCCCCCGCCACCCAAAGACUCCCUGCGCUCCACGCCGUCACACGGGAGCAUGAACUCCCUGAACAGCACGGGCAGCCUGUCCCCCAAACACUCCCUCAAGUCUGGACAGCAUUCCCUCAACUGGGUGGUCCCGGUGCCAGACCGAGGUCGCUAUGACGACAUCUUCCUGAAAACGGACGCCGACCUGGAUGGUUUUGUGAGCGGACUGGAGGUGAAGGAGAUCUUCAUGCAGUCUGGACUCUCCCAGGGCGUCCUCGCACACAUUUGGGCUCUGGCCGACACCAGACAGAUGGGCAAGUUGACCAGGGAGCAGUUCUCCCUCGCCAUGCAUCUCAUCCAGCUGAAGGUCAGCAAGGGUGUGGACCCCCCUCAGACUCUGACGGCCGACAUGAUCCCACCUUCUGAGAGAGGAACUCCAGUCCCAAGCAUGUCGGGGUACUUGACGCCAGUGGGAUCCGAAAUAGCCGCGCUGUCGGAGAUGAGGAGGGACAGUUCCAGCUCGGUGGGUUCAGGCGAGUUCACGGGCAUCAAGGAGCUGGACGACAUCAGCCAGGAGAUCGCCCAGCUGCAGAGGGAGAAGUACACUCUGGAGCAGGACAUCAGGGAGGCAGAAGAGUCCAUCCGGCAUAAGAGUACUGAGGUGCAGGACAUGCAGAACGCUGACCGAGAGACGGCCUGCCUGCAGGAGCUGGAGGCGCAGAAACAGGACGCCCUGGACCGCCUGGAGGAGAUGGAGCAGAAACACAAACUGGAGGACAUGCUGAAUGAAGUCCGGAUGAAAUGUCAGGAGGAGUCUCAGAUGAUCUCAACACUCCAGAGUCAGAUCCACUCUCAGGAGUCUGACCUGCAGAACCAGGAGGAGGAGCUGAGCCGGGCCAAGGCCGACCUGGGCCGGCUGCAACAGGAGGAGGACCAGCUGGAGCAGAGUCUGGCGGCGGGCAAGAUCCAACUGGAGACCAUCAUCAAGUCCCUGAAGGCCACGCAGGACGAGAUUCAUCAGGCCCGCAGCAAGUUGUCCCAAAUCCAGGACAGCCAACAGGAAGUCUCCAAGAGCAUCGAACAAUACAACAGCACCCUGAACGGAACCCACGGCAGCAUGACCAACCUGGCCGACAUGGGCGAAGGGUUCAGCGAUAGAGAAAACGGAGCCUUCAGCACGUCUUCCCAGGUGGGGGGGGGGUUACCGCCCGGGUCUUGAACGUAAACAUGACGUCUUUGCUUCCUCACACAGGAGGAUCCAUUCAAAGUGAAGCCCUCAGUGUUCAACAAUCAGCCUCAAGAACUUCACACCGACCCUUUCCACUCCGAGGACCCUUUCAGGGUCGACCCCUUCAAAGGUGACCCUUUCCAAAAUGACCCCUUUGCAAAGCCGCCAGCAGCACCUGCAGAUCCCUUUGGAGGCGACCCGUUCAAAGAGACAGACCCCUUCAAAGCAUCCUCUGAAGAUUUCUUCAAGAAGACCACAAAGUUGGAUCCUUUCGGGGCGUCGGACCCCUUCAGCAAGAGUGCCACCUUACCUUCCAAGCAAAUCAGUCACUUCACAAGCAGCGACCCGUUCUCCUCCGGCAAUCCCAAAUCCAAAGGAGCAGACCUGUUUGGCGCUCUGGAUCCGUUCGGCAGCAGCUCGUUCAGCAGCAGUAACAGCUCGGCCGGCUUUGCGGACUUCAGCCACAUGGCCAAGCCCAGGGACCCGUUUGAAGGCCGCGCCGGCUGGCUGCCGGACUACCAGAAGGGGGCCUUCGUGGACGACCCGUUCGGGAGGAAGAACGACACGCCCGCGCUGCCGCCCAAGAAAGGGGUUCCUCCGAGGCCAAAACCCCCGAGUGGUACGACCACCCCAGUGAGCAUGUCAGGGGAACCCUCCAAACCAUGUGACCCCUUCCAGCCGUUCGGCAGGGACGCCGUGGACCCCUUCCAGAGUAAAAAAGUCUCGGGAGACCCUUUCAGCGGCAAAGACCCUUUCGCUCCAUCCCUGGCAUCAAGGCCCGACAAAGCAAAGUUUGGCAACGAGGCGCAGCAGCUGGAGUGGGCCAAGCGAGAGAGCGAGCGGGCGGAGCGCGAGCGUCUGAAGCGUCUGAGGCAGCAGGAGCAGGAGGACCUGGAGCUCGCCAUCGCCCUCAGCAAGGCCGAGAUGUCCAACGCGUGACCGGUACCUCGUCCCCGCUGGGUGGUCUCCAGGACCGAAUAUUCACACCAGAACACAGACUUAGAGUUCAUGGGCGCUCACACACACACACACACACACACACACACACACACACACACACACACACACACACACACACACACACACACACACACACACACACACACACACAUAUAAAGAA